UGAGGUCAAUGUUUUAAUGCCAGUAUAAGACACCACUGAAGGCUUUCAUCACAUCAAUUCUUGCUAUCAACAGAUAACACAUCUGUAAGCCAGACAACAAAGUUCUUGUAUCAGUGCCAAAGACAUACAUGUCAACAGAAACAGAAGUUGAAAGAAAUGCCAAGUACAAUUGUAAAUUUAAGAAAUUUAGAACGUUUUGAAGAUUUGCCUGAAGUUGAGAACAGGAACAUGCAAGAGCAAGAAACGAAUGGAUGGGAAGACAGUUAUAGUUACAGGAGCUAAUACAGGGAUUGGGAAGGAGACGGCACAUGACCUGGCUCGAAGAGGAGCUAAAGUGAUUCUUGCCUGCAGAGAUUUGGAGAAGGCGAAAAAAGCCUGUGCUGAUAUUGUUGCAAGCACUGGGAACUCUCUGGUGGAAGUUCAGCACCUGGACCUGAGUUCCCUAGCCUCAGUCCGCAAGUUUGCUAAUAACAUCAUAAACACAGAGCCACGUCUGGAUGUGCUUAUCAACAAUGCAGGUGCUGGAGGAAUUGUAGAGAAGUUUACAGCUGAUAAUCUUCAACUUGGCAUGCAAGUGAACCACUUUGGGGGCUUCUUGCUUACCUGUCUCCUUGUUGAUCUCUUAAAAAAAUCAGCUCCCAGCCGAAUAGUGAUGCUGUCAUCAAUCUUGCAUAAGUUUGCCAUAUUUGAUGUCGAGAAUCUCAAUUCUGACAAGUGGUUUAGUAUGUUUCAGGUGUACUGUUGCAGUAAACUAGCCAAUAUUUUGACAGCUAAUGAAUUAACCAGAAAGCUGAAAGGGACAGGAGUUACUGCAAACAGUGCUCAUCCUGGAGUAGUGCUUACAGAUGUUUGGCGAAAUAUACCCCAAGUACUACAAUUCUUACUUACUUUCACGUUAAAGCUGUUUUUCAAGAAUGCUGUUGAAGGUGCACAGACUUCCAUCUACUUGGCAGUUUCUGAAGAAGUUGAGGGAGUGUCUGGGAAAUAUUUUGUGGAUUGUCAGGAAGCAAGUACGUCAAAAGCAGCAAAAGACGAAUUUCUUGCCAAGGCAUUAUGGGAGAAGAGUGAAGCUAUGGUUGGUCUCAAACCAGAAGAAAUGCACUUUUAGAGCAAGAAAGUCUGACAUCUAUUCUGAGAAUGCAGUUUUAAAAUUGGUGUUUAGAAGAAUUAUAUAUUACUUAGUUGUUGAUUCUUGAGGUUUUUAAUAUAUGGUACAGGAUUUAAUGAGGAGCUGAUAUGUGAAUCAGUAACCAGGUAUUAAUCAACAUGUAUCUACAAUCAUGAAAUAAAUAAUAUAUAUAUUUUUCUAAUA